UUUAGCAGUCGAGCUCAGCCGAUCAGUUUGUUCUUCGAUUGUUGUCGCUGUUUAUAUUGUUAGUUCAUUCUCAACACUCAUAUUUUCCUGCCAAUUUUACGAUUAAAUAUAUAUAAACGAAAAAGUGUGUAGUCUAUAUGUACAAAGGCUGGUAAAUUACAAACUGAACUCGGUGGACUGCGUGUGAACUGCUACAUCUAUUCUUGCCGCAACAAAGGCGUAAGAAAGGCAUCGCCAUUCAUCGGUGCGGUAAUCACCAUGGUCCCCGAAAGUUUGGGGCUCGCAGGUGCUGAAGUUGUGCUGGACUUCUUCUGCCAGAGCAUUUGUUUCACAGGAUUCAUCUUCGUCAUAUUAUACUGCACAUUUUGGUGGUUUCUACCAUCACAUGUCAUCGUGGUACUCUCAGUCUUAUCUGUGAUAAGUGGAGUGGCAUGUCUGCUGUAUUUCAGGAAAAGGCGACCGGCUGAUUCGCAUCUGGAACGGUUUAUGCAGCCGUCUGCAUCCAGCAAUGGUGUGAUAGCUCACCGAGGAGGAGCGGCUGAUGCACCAGAAAAUACUCUCCUUGCUAUUCAAGAGGCAAAGAAGAAUGGUGCUGAUGGAGUUGAAGUUGAUGUUGAGAUCACCAAAGACGGAGUAGCCAUCUUGAUGCACGAUGCUACCAUUGAUAGAACGACCGAUGGGACUGGUUUCAUCAGUCAGAUGAUGUGGGAUGAAGUCAGUCAGCUCAAUGCAGCAGCGAAAUUCUCCUCCAGUUCUCGAUCCAAGAUAUCUUAUGAAGCCGUCCCUACUCUGGAUGAAGUGGUCCAGGAAUGCUUGAAUCUCAAACUCAGGAUCUUCUUUGAUGUCAAGGCAUAUUCCAAACAAAUGGUGGACGAGCUGAUCAAGCUUUAUCAGAAGUACCCUGGCCUGUAUGAUAACGGCAUGAUCUGCUCCUUCUUCCCAACUACAAUAUAUAGGGUGAGACAACUGGACAGUGAGAUUUUAACCGCACUGACCACUGAGCCCUAUUUCAUAUCUGGCCAAGUCAUGAAGAGAUGGACCGGACCACCCACUUGGUGGAAACUACUGCCCUUUGCGAUCAUUGACAAGAUCUUGCAGUGGAGUUUGCACAACUGGUUGUGGAUCCUGUGUGGAAACUCUGCUAUGCUGCUUCAGAAGGACACAAUUUCACAGAAUGUUAUCCGGUACUGGUCAGCGCGAGGUCUCACAGUAAUACCUUGGACUGUCAACAAGAAGACGGAUAAGGAGUUCCUUGCCUCACUGGAUUGCCACUACAUUACAGACUGCAUCAAAUAGGCAAUCAUUUCUAUAAUGCAUUGGGAGUACAGGUUACUUUCAGCUGAAACCGCAAAAUACCUUUUUACUGUGAUAACUUGAAAAGAAUUGAAACAAUUCAAACCAAACUUGAAUAAAGAAUGGAUGAGCAUGCAAUGAUGAACUGAUCAAAUUUUGGGAGUAAGAGGUCAAAGGUCACAUGGUCAUAAACAUGUCAAUUAAGUGUUUAAAAAUACUAGACAAUGUUUUCUUACAUCAAUAACUUGAAUUGCAUUGAGCAAUAUAGAGCAAUUCAAAAUUAACUUGGCUGAAAUACAUGUAUGUAUGAGUAUGCAAGGAUGAACCAAUUAGAUUUUGGGUUUAAGAGGUCAAAGGUGAAAGAUCACAGGGUCAUGAAAGUGUAAAGUUUCUGUGAAAAUAUCUUUUUGCUGGUAUAUCUGAAAAAUCUAAAAUUGAACCGAUGUUGACCAAACUCGACUCAAGUAUGUACAAGCAUGAACAGAUUAAAUAUCAAGUUUGGGUUUGUGAGCCCAGAUGUUAAAUGUCAAAGGAUCAUUCAUCGUGUUUACUACUGAAAAUUGAUUUAGAUCUAUGAGAAAGACGCAGGGUGACGCUAUGUUUAAAUAUUAAAUUUAAGAUGGUGCAAAAAGAGCUGAUAUUCUUGCUUUAAUCAUCAAGUGAUG